CCCAUCUCUCGCUCCGUCCCGUUCCCCCCUUGCCCCCGCCUUUCCCCGCCCUGCCGCCGCCGGCCCUGGGAGAGCAGGCACCGCAGGGGGAUCUCGAUGUAACACCAUGACAGGCAUCGCCGCCGCCUCCUUCUUCUCCAACGCCUGCAGGUUCGGGGGCUGCGGGCUCCACUUCCCAACCCUGGCAGAGCUCAUCGAGCACAUUGAGGACAACCACAUCGAUACAGACCCACGUGUAUUAGAGAAACAAGAACUUCAGCAGCCAACCUAUGUUGCUCUAAGUUACAUUAACAGAUUUAUGACUGAUGCAGCUCGACGUGAGCAGGAGUCUUUGAAGAAAAAGAUUCAGCCGAAACUCUCUUUGACUUUGUCAAGCACAGUGUCCCGUGGGAAUGUAUCUACUCCACCUCGCCACAGCAGUGGAAGCCUUACUCCUCCAGUCACCCCUCCAAUUACUCCCUCCUCUUCAUUUCGCAGUAGUACUCCCACAGGUAGUGAAUAUGAUGAAGAGGAAGUAGACUAUGAAGAAUCAGACAGUGAUGAGUCCUGGACUACAGAAAGUGCUAUCAGCUCUGAAGCUAUCCUUAGUUCAAUGUGCAUGAAUGGAGGGGAUGAGAAACCUUUUGCCUGUCCUGUUCCUGGAUGUAAAAAAAGAUACAAGAAUGUGAAUGGUAUAAAGUAUCAUGCCAAGAAUGGCCACAGAACGCAAAUCCGCGUACGUAAACCAUUCAAAUGUCGCUGCGGAAAGAGUUACAAGACAGCUCAGGGCCUGCGGCACCACACAAUCAAUUUCCAUCCCCCCGUGUCUGCUGAGAUUAUCAGGAAGAUGCAGCAAUAACAUGCUGGUCACAAACGUGCCAAGAAACCCUCACCAGCAGUUGCUGAUUUUGAGAACAGCCACCUUUUUCAGGGGAAGCAUUCAGCAACCCUUUCAAAAACAAAAAUUAAAUGCAUGCUUUAAAAUUUUCUGUAAUUUUGGAAUGAUGUAUCUUUGUAGAGUUAAUGAUUUUGUACAUUUGCACAUGUAAUCAUCAUACCCAUGUUCAUUACUUUGAGAUAAGGUGCUAUCAAAGCUAGAGGUUCUCCAGAACACUUUUCUCCAAAACAAAGCCCAGAGGAAGGGGGGUGGGUUGCCUAUUGAGUUGUCCUGCAGUGGGAAUCGGUGCAAGAGGAGGCGAGGGGAUCUUGCCAUUGGCACCCGUUGGAGAUGAUUGUACCGUGACAGAGACUUCCAAUGCGUGCAAAACCAAACUGACACCACCCGCAUCAGACUAGCGCUAACAUGCCUUACGUAACAGAGCUAGCGUGGAGUAGCAAGUCUUUUAGGUAACGGGAAUAUAAAUAAGAAAGAAUGUUUAACAUAAUAUGCUAAAAAUAUUUUCAUACUUAAAUAACAUACAUACGAAGGUGUGCUUGCUGUAUUUUGUAUUAUCUUGCAAAUCUCUUUUCUUUUCUCCCUCUUGAAGUGCGGACACCCUUUGCCAUUCCAACUAGUAAACAAUCACUUUAGCAUUAGAAAUUGCUCCUUUUCUUUUGUCCAAGAUUCAUCUUACGUUCACGCCCAUCCAACUUUUGAGGACCAAUAUCCCAGUCCAAGGAAAUAUCCCUGAACUAUCUAUUAGAAAGACACUUGGAAAUACUUAAGUGCAAAUUUAUGUGUGUGUGAGAAACAAUUAUCUUCAUCGCAGAUGAAGUUUUAAAGCACUUUGUAGUUCUCUAUUGCCAACAGAUUUAAUGUUUUAUGUGUUGCCAAUUCUUGCAACUACUGUACGAGCAUGUGCCUGUGGUUGCAAAUAAAAAUUACAAAGCCUACGCCUGGUUUAAGGAGGUCCAUUACUUGUGCAAGGGAGUUCCUAAAGCCGCUCCCUCAUGCUCAUUGUAUUUGAGAUUUUCUUUGUGUGUUUUUUUUGCUUCUCAUCAUAGAUCGCUGCAUUCCCGUUGGAAGUGUCUGUUUAGCUUUACUGUUAUUUUGCUGAACUAUGACAUAUGAGCCUUACUGAAAGAUUAAGUGCUUCUUGCAGCAGGUGGUCAGAGACUGACUUAAAACAAAAGUGAGCGUUUCGUGUCUGGACCACACCUGAGCGCAUGCUGCUCACCAGCCUGCCCCCAGCAUUCCGCUCUCACACACAUGGUUCCUGCCAUGGAGCUGCCCCAGAGCUGAGGUGGGCAUCCCCCAGCAUGGAACAGGCAUUAACCACAGGAAUUGCCUUUGCCCAGUUCCCAUUAAGUGAAAACACAAGCUCAGAUGAAGGAGGAAUGAGCUCUCCCUCCAUUCUUUCCCAAAGUCAAAUGAAAACUCUUUCAGGAUGACAAUUACCUGUGCUCCUGCAGAGUAAAAGUCUCAUUAAAACACUUUGGCAUCAGCGUAAUGCCCAAGCAUGUGGAACACCCUAACUGAAACAGAGCAUCACUUUGUCAAACCCUGGAGAGGUGAUUGUGGUUGCAUCGUGCAGGGCUAUGAGACACAUUCAAGGGGUGAUCCAGACACGUGAAGCCCUGGGCAGCUGCUUCUACCUUAUGCAGCUCUGGCCAACAGCUCAGCCUCAGCUCUGCUCCUGGCGCAAGAAACCACAGGCUGGGUAAGUUCCUCCAACAGCUGAACAGUCGUAAAAUGUCCUUGUUGCAUGUAAAUUCCUUUCGACUAUAAAAUGAAAUUCCAGUUUCUAUUUACCUACUCAUUGUGACAGUAUUAUUAAACAGGUAAAGAUGGGACUAUUUUGUUAUACUGUGUAUAGUGAAUGUAUUGUACCGUGUCUGUGAAAAGUGUGCUUUAAAUUAUAUUUUCAUAUGUUUUGUUGGGGACAAAGUACUUUAAGUUUGAAAGUGACAGAGGUUUGUUUUAGAACUGAAGGCAACUUAAAGAAUUCCUGUCAGGAAAGCUGCUUAUAAAUGUAAAUCAAAUCACAUUUAAAAUAAACUGCCUCUGACCUAA